UGGUGCUCGGACUCCUGACGGUUUAUUGAGAUGAGCUGGUGUGGAGUCUGUUUGCUGAAUGCUUGGGCACGCACCAUAUCUAUCUCGUGUCUUGAAAGUAGAUCUGGACCGGGGUGUGCUGUGUACGUGCGUGCACGCACGCCUCCUCCUACAUGGGCAAAUUGAUGUAGCACCAAUCAGUGUUUGAAUUUCCACCUUCGAUCCACAGUCGAUGUUAAAUAGUACGUGCACGCCUCUGCUGGCGUUUCUUUCUUCUGUUCGUUAUGUAAUUCGACUUCCUCUCCCUCUUUUGUUUAUCAACGGGACAAUCUGACGUCACCACUCAGCUCCGGCGGGGGGGUCUGAGCAGCUCGCGGCUGGUGCUCCCAGACUAGCCAGUGGACGUAUAACAAACCGCAGUGGUUUAGCUCAGCUAGCCGCUGCCUAAAAAAACGGGACAGAAGGCGACUGUGGCAGAACCAUGUCCGAGGCUGCUAACACUACUUCUACAGACAACAACGGAGACUCCGGGUUAAACGGGUCCUGGGUGGAGUUGGAGAUGAACAGAGGUACAGCUGGAUCAGCCCAGUCGUCCCCCACAGACGGCCCUGCUCCAGGCCUGCUGCCCCUUCCUCAGGUGGAGGAAGAGGAGGCCAUGGUGGGGGGGCUGGAACACGUCCCAUCCUCAUCCUCCAUCCACAACGGAGACAUGGAGAAGAUUCUCCUUGAUGCCCAGCACGAGUCAAGCCGCAGCAACUCGUCCUGCGACAGCCCCCCACGGCCCCACAGCCCCCAGGAUGGACAGAUCAUCUUCGACGUGGACGUGACCAGCAGAAGAGACAGCCAAUCAGAAGAGGACGUCUUGGACAAGGAGAGGGACAUGGACAUCCUGAUGAAGGACGCAGACUGGGUUGCUGACUGGUCUAGUCGACCAGAAAACAUUCCUCCCAAGGAGUUUCUUUUCCGUCACCCUCGACGCUCAGUAACACUCAGCAUGAGGAAGACCGGGGCCAUGAAGAAAGGAGGCAUCUUCUCUGCCGAGUUCCUCAAAGUGUUCAUACCCUCGCUGCUACUAUCGCACAUCCUGGCUCUGGGGCUGGGAGUCUACAUCGGAAAGAGGUUGACCACACCACCUGCCAGCUCUUUCUGAACCUGAAACUGAAGAAAAGUGCCUGACAUGUGGCCAUGAGCUGUUGGAGAAAGUUUGGCCGUCGUGAGAAGAACGCCCGUCUCUCCUCCCUCUGUCCCGCCUGCUCCCCGCCUCUUCCCUGUCCCCGAGAUAUGACAUGUUCUCGGGAGAAAUGCAUCUGCCUUUUCCUCCAUCCCCCGCUUCUCCACACCCCUUUUUUUCUUGAUUGCUGGUUUCCAACUGUUUGUAAUUAAUCCCCUCUUGCCCUGCUCAUAUCCUUCACUCAUUUGUAUAAGGUUUUCAAAGAAUGAUUAAGGUCCUAUUUACCUUUCCCCAGCAAUUUGGUUUCAGUGUUUAUAACGGGUGGGUUUUCGGGGAGGGUCACAGCAUCGAACCAAACUCUUGCCCUUUGAUCGUCUGACAGGGAGGACUGCCUAGUUUUAGACCUGACCACAGAUUGUGCCAUCUACACGAGUGGCCCGACACUCGAUCUCAGAAGGGUUUGACCAAGUCCAGAGUUGGCUACGCCUACAGAAAAAGUGAUCAUGCCUUUUCAAAAGUAGCCAUUUUGUUAAUUUUCUUUAGGUAAUAUUGUUUUUAUUUAUUUUACAGCAGUGGUGGUUUAUCAAAGGUCUAAUGAUGAAAGGAGUUAUCCAUGGUGGCCAUCCUAAACCACAAGCGCUCAUGAAUUUCACUGGCUCUGGGUGCCAGUCAAGAUUUGUGUGACAUUUUCUGAGAUGGACACUCAGAAAUCUAUUCAGUUUUGCAUUUGAAAGAAAAUUUGUGACAAUGACAAUAACUGGAAAACCAGGGUAUAGAUGUGUGCUGUACAGGCAGGCAGUGUGUCCCUCUCGCUGUGUCCACUAACAGUAUUUUGUGGUUGGGUCUUGGGUAACAGUGUUUUUAUGGUCCAGAAAGGUUCAGCCGUCUGUCCAAACAGUCCACAUUGUCCUUCCAGUGAGCCUCCUGGUUUGUCUGUAACAUAUCUGAGAGCUGAUUUGGUCCUGACUGGUCCUUUUCCACUUACUUUUGCUCCAGAUUGAUCUGUGUAUUACUGAUUAUUUCGUUUGCUUGCAGAUUCUAAGUCAUCAAAAAUUAUUUGUUACCAAAAAGCAGAAAAGCAUAAAGAGAACGUGCUUUAUUGACAUUUGUUUUGAGAAUGUUUGAGUUAUUUUAUUAAAAAAGUCAAGUAUUUCAUGAAUGAUAAAAGUUAAGUAUUGAAAGUAAAAGUCGAUUUUAAGUUGAAGAUAUUAGUUGGAUUAGGAGAAUAGCUAGCCAGUCCUGCAUUCUAACACUCCAAGAACAUUUUGCCAAAAUGUCCACAAAACAGGCAGAAAUACUUCAUCAAGCUGCAGAUGAAGGAAACUGAUCCGGUCUUAGUGUGGGCAGGCAGAAGGUACCAGUUGAUCUUUGGCAUUUCUGACAUGCAGUGACUUCUGACUCGAGGAAACUUUGCUUUUACUCUUCUUUGAGCAGUAAGACUCUGCGGCUGGACUGUGGUCAGUUUUGUUCCAAGUGGACCUUCCACAGCCAGACCUGGGUCAAAUGAUAUUUGAUUUAGAAGUUCAGAUCUCAUCAAAUGCCAGAUCACAAGAAGUUAUUCUUUAUUUCUGCAGGUCAUAUACGACAAUAUAAAAGAAAGAAAAGGAAAAAAGCCUCUACUUGAUCUAAUUUAGCUGAAAAUACUAUUUGACCCAGCAGGUCGACUCAGGAUGUGUUGUCUUUUUGUUUUACCUCUUAUGACAGACUGAUGACCCUACCAAUAAUGAGUGCUGUGUUGUUUCCAUCUCAGCCACAGAGGUACUCCACUGUUGUUUUAGCGUGACAUGCGUGUCUCUGCCUGUGUUUGUACAUGCAGCGUUUGACAGCGACAUUUUGGAUUGUUCUGUCCUGUUUGGAUUUUGUUUCGUUUUUCUUUCCUGAUCUUGCUGAAAGAUUGUGAAUGCACAGAGCAGGAGUCGGGUUUGACACGAACUGUGUUCCAGAGUGUGAAAAUAAAAGCCCCUGUUGUUGAUGGCAGGUCCUAAUGUGAAUAGGAAAUGGAUAGGCGUGGGAAGCGAUUUCCCUCAGACUGCGAUGGUCUAACAGUAGUUCUUGUAAUGAUGCAUUUGCUUUGAUUUUCUUUUUCCCACUGCAUUGGAAAAAAAUUACAAACAUUUUGUCAUUAAAGAUUACCUGAAUGAAGCUA